GUGAAAUACAAACGUUUCACUCCGGCUAAAGUACGUGACCGGAACUGCGAGAAAGGCACGAGAGCACAGCAGAAAUGAAUGGAUGCAAAACCUGUUUAUGUUGACACUGUUGUAGCCGUAACGUCGUCAUGUUUAGAGUAGACUAACACAGGAAAAAAACUCAGUUUCAGCGAUGGAGUGCGACAUUUUGGACUCGUUAGAGCAGCUCGGCUAUGACGGUCCUCUGCUGGAGGAGAAGGCGCUGCUCGGAGCCGCAGCGAGUGGCCUGUCCUCUCCCGAAUAUGUGGCCCUGUGCAGGUGGCUGACAUCCACGUUGAAGCCGCUGUGUGCCCUGGAGGAGAGCAUUACUUCCGGUCCAGACGACAUGGACAGCCUGCGGGUGGAGAUGAGUGGUUUGCUUAAAGAGUUGCACUGUCCUUAUCACGAACUGGUGUCAGGGAUCACCAAGGGCAGUGUGCGAAAUACAAAAGAUCAUCUCAAGUUUCUCUUGUUUCUCAGCUCUGAGCUCCAGGCAGCACAGAUUGUGAGGAGCAGAGGAGUUUCCCAAAAACACAGAAAGAGUCCGGUGUAUCAUGAGCUCCUGGCAAUCUGUAAAACCCUGAACCUACCGGAGCCCAGAGGACAGGACGCAGCAGGAGUUCUCUCUCAAGUCCGAGACAAGGUUGAUAACGUACUUGAAGAUCUUCCGAAUAAAGCCAUCGAAAACCCAGUGCUAAAAGUAUCACUAUGCAGUGAACAAUGGGAGAAGUUGCACCGCAUAAACACAGCUCUGUCUUCAGAGUACGAGUGUCGGCGCCGGAUGCUGAUCAAACUGGAUGUCACAGUUCAGUCAUGGUGGUCAGACAGAGCCAACGUAAGGGUGGACAGCAUGGCCAGGGCCUACCAGCCUCUGAGACACUCUUUGAGGCCGCAGUCCACAGUGGACAUGGCCGAGCUGCUGGCUGCCAGAGAAGACAUCUGCAACGUGGUGAAGACCAGCAGCGGCUCCAGCAGGGAGAAUACGGCAUGUGCUGUCAACAAGAUCCUGAUGGGGAGAGUCCCGGACCGAGGAGGACGUCCCUCUGAGAUAGAGGCCCCACCACCUGAGAUGCCACCCUGGCAAAAAAGACAAGAUGGAGGAGGAGGACGAGGAGGUGGCUGGGGAGGCCACGGUGGUGGAGGAGGAAGAGGAGGUUGGAGAGGAGGGGGAUGGAACCAAGGAGGACAUGGUGGACAUGGAGGAAAGAGAGGGCGAUACCAAUAUUAGUUUUUACUGACAAUCUUGUGUUGGUAUUUUUUUAAGUGUUUGACAUGAACUUUGUUUUCUAUGAAGGGAAGAAACAUUUUAUCUGAUCAAAAUGAUACAUCUUUUUCACUUAGAUAAUUUAUAAUCCCCCUAUUUUUUUUACUUUUAUCAGUUUUUAUUUAGCUUUUUUAAUAUUCUCCUCAGUGUUAAGUGAAAAUAGGAGUGUGCAAAGAAAAAAUGAUUCGAAAAGUAACUACAUUUCUAGAAAAUACCUUUGUACCAGAACAUCAUUACAUAACAAUCUGCAUUAUGAGUAUGCAUUUUUUGAGUGUGUUUUUGAAAGACCCUAUUCUCCCACAAUGCAAUGCACAAUGGAAAUGUAAGGGGGGCUGAUUAUAAUUGUAAUUACAAUAACACUUUGGAAAAAGUUAAUAAGUAAAAUAUGUAGAUUUCCUAUAUAUCAACUAAAAGUGGAGACUGUACAGAUAAGCACACCGUAUGCAAUAAGUAAAAUGAAAGACAGCUCGCAUUUGAGGGAGAGGGGAAAAAACACGGUUUCAGCAUAAAAUAUUUUGCGUCUUAGGAUGAUGUAAUUUAAGAGUUCGAUGGAAUGAAGUAUGUUGCCAAGCGAUCUUUCCCUGACUAAAGAGGUGUCUGUGUGCACCUUGACGACUGAAACCACGGUUACCUUUUAGUGAGCAAGCUAAGGACACUAAGGAUCAGAGACUUACUCUCUUUAAAUCUGUACUUUACAUUUCAGGCUA